CUUUGAAUCUUGUCAAGACGUCCAUUUGAAUGUAAGACUGCAAAAUUGCAAAGUGCAUUAACCCUGCGAACCAAGACAUCACUGCGCUUUGCGCCCCCGUCGCUGUGGUUAGUGCCAAAGUGCUGUCCGAUCCUUGCUAGCCCAUCUGAAUCCCGCACAUCGCUCUUGCCUUUGCAAGCGGUGGGAAUGUUACCACGUUAAACGCGCACUGCACAUGGUUCAAAAAGGCAAUAACUAAACCCCGGUACUGAGGAAAGAAACCGCAAAAGGAGGGGGAGAACAUCAUUUAUCCCUCGACGUGGGAGAAAUGCAUCUCGUGAAAAAGGCUUUUUUGGUUUCAGAGUGCGAGACGGAAUCGAAAUUCUCUCACGUGCGCGAAGCGGGAGAUAAGCUGUUCGGGGGCUUCGUUUUUUGUCAUGAUUUAUAACCAAAAUGCGGGCGAAAAUUACCUUAACAAUCACCGUAAAAUGAGGCAACAUGCAAAUACUCAACGACAGUGAAAGUUUGUCAACUGCUCCCGCCGAAGGUGGUUUGCCUAACCGACCAACCAACAAUAAUUCAUCCGGAGUGGCACGUGCCAGCAAAAACGGACACCGUCGUUUUUUGAUUUUGGGAUUGAAUCUUUUUACUUAGGUGGUCACAAUGAAGAGGAGACAGAAGAGAGUGUUGCAAAUGGCCUUCGUAUUCAUGGUGGCUUUGAUAUUUCUGCCGAACGUCGGGCUGUGGUCGUUAUACCGGGAAAAACACCUGAUGAAGUCGCAUGAGGGAGGCGGGCAGGGCUUCUCAUUGGGUCUGAGCGAAGGACACAUUUACACCUGGAUGGACGGCUUGAAGAGAAGAGACUGGCACGAUAACGAGAGCAUCAGGAGAGAUGAACUACGUGUUGGGAAAGGGGAACACGGCAAGCCCUACCCGCUUGGCGAAGACGAGUGUGACGACUCAGUUUACAAGGAGAACGGCUUCAACAUCUAUGUCAGCAACAACAUCGCCCUGGACCGCUCCCUACCAGACAUCAGGCACCCCAACUGCAGGAGCAGACUGUACCUGGAGAACCUCCCCAACACCAGCAUCAUCAUCCCCUUCCACAAUGAGGGCUGGUCCUCCCUGCUCAGGACCAUCCACAGCAUCACCCGUCGCACCCCGGAUCACCUCAUCGCCGAGAUCGUGCUGGUCGACGACUACAGCGACAGAGAGCACCUGAAGGGUCGUCUGGAGGAGUACAUGGCUCGCUUCCCGAAGGUGCGCAUCGUUCGGACCAAGAAGAGGGAGGGUCUGAUUCGUACCCGUCUGCUGGGAGCGUCGGUGGCCAAGGGCGAAGUCCUCACCUUCCUGGACUCCCACUGCGAGGCCAAUGUCAACUGGCUCCCUCCGCUGCUCGACCAAAUCGCUCAGAACCCCAAGACCAUCGUCUGCCCCAUGAUCGACGUCAUCGACCACAACCACUUUGGAUACGAAGCUCAGGCGGGCGACGCCAUGAGGGGGGCCUUCGACUGGGAGAUGUACUACAAACGAAUCCCCAUCCCACCGGAACUACAGGGGCCCGACCCAAGUGACCCCUACGAGUCACCAGUGAUGGCGGGAGGUCUCUUUGCCGUCAACCGCCAGUGGUUCUGGGAGCUUGGUGGCUAUGACACCGGCCUGGAGAUAUGGGGUGGUGAGCAGUAUGAGAUAUCAUUCAAGGUGUGGAUGUGUGGGGGGAGCAUGUACGACGUGCCCUGCUCCAGGGUGGGGCACAUUUACCGGAAGUACGUCCCCUACAAAGUGCCGUCCGGAACCAGCCUAGCCCGGAACCUGAAGCGGGUGGCAGAGACCUGGAUGGACGAGUACACUGAGUACAUCUACCAGCGGCGUCCCGAGUACCGGCACCUCUCUACCGGGGACCUGACGGCCCAGAAGGAGCUGAGGAAGCAGCUGAAGUGUAAGGACUUCCGGUGGUACAUGAGCACCGUGGCCUGGGACCUGGACAAGUACUACCCCCCCGUGGAGCCCCCCCCCGCCGCCUGGGGAGAGAUCCGCAACGCAGCGUCCGGUCUAUGUAUCGACUCCAAACACGGCCCGACCGGCACCGAGCUGCGCCUGGACACCUGUCUGAAGGAGGGCGCUGAACGCACCUGGGCCCACGAGCAGAUAUUCACGUUCGGCUGGAGGGAGGACAUCAGACCCGGGGACCCUCUACAUACCCGGAAGUUCUGCUUCGACUCCAUCUCCCAGAAUUCCCCUGUCACACUGUACGACUGCCACGGCAUGAAGGGCAACCAGCACUGGAGCUACAGGAAGGAUAAAUCUCUGUACCACCUGGUGAGCAGCGGCUGCAUGGACUGCAGUCCCGGCGAUAAGAGAAUUUUCAUGAACAAGUGCGACCCGGGGUCCGAAACGCAGCAGUGGCUGUUCCAGAGAGUCAACGCCACCAUCCUGGACAAAUUCAACAGCGCCGUGGCUGCCAGCUCCUAGGAACCAGGCACCAGCCUCCGCAACGACAACAACUCCCGAAAAAUGUGUACUGCAGCAGAAAGCGGCCAGCCAGUUAGCUCGCUGUCCUGUCUCCCAGACCCCCCCAGCUCCUGAACGUGGGGGCUAAACCGGGGUAUGGGGGGGGGGGGGGGGCUGGGUCUGCGUUUUUUUGUUCUGUCUGAGGGAUCCCCCGUUCGAUGGGAUCCGAUUCAAAAUGGAGAAUAAAAGCUCCUUCAUGGCUGAAAGAGAUUCUGUCUGGUUCUGCCCAGUGGGCUGAUGGGACGUUCAAGGUCGCCUGUCCUCUGAGAACCAACCAGACUAGAGUGGACCCAUGUUAUCUCGCGCCACCUGGAGAUGCUUUCUGCGCCACCGGGACACCAUCUGACGGAAGACAAUGGACCGGACUCAAACGUAGCCUCCACACUGGGGGGCACCUUGCUGGUCGAGGACACGGAAACCUCCAGAACACUCUCCUCUAGCUCCUCGAUGGGCCAAAGGUCAAACACAGCGGGUCCAGUGGACUGGAUUUGUUUGUUCCAGGUUCAAAAAGGAAUGUUCCAAUUCUCACUCUCCCAAGGUCGCAUGGCGGAUUUGUACCACGGGAGGUUUAUGAAAAGAUUUCCUCAUUUUUGUAUGGCUAUUUAUUCUCCAUGAUUGUUUUAUUUGUAUUUAUUUUGUAUUUAUUUAUUCAGUCUUUUUUUUAUAGAGAAAAAAUACUUAUUAAGUGUCUAUUUGAAUGGGUUUUAUGAUUUCUGGUCGCUGUGAUAUUUUGAAGUUUAGCCAAUGAAAAUAAAGUAACUGUCAACUUGGGAAUCUAGUUUUGUUCAAGUAUUUUUUUCUGAAUAAAAAGUAGGUAAACAUGAAUAAAAUUUGAGUAUUGCAAAUAUAUGUUGUGUGUGAGCAUUUAUUAGAUAGCAUUUUGCAAUAAUAUUACAUGUCAAUAACAUUGAUAACGGCCAAGCACGUGCGCAUAAAUGUGUAAUAAUGCAUUUGCAGGUUUUUUUUUUGUUUGAGAGUAAUGAUUUUGUGCCCCCUGUUGGAGGUUUUUCAUAAUACAGAUACUUGAGCACUAACAGACAUAAACCUUCUCCUGGAUAUUCAUGUAUGCAUCUAACAUGUUCACGUGACAGGUUAAAACAUUGCUGGCUAGUCUUGUCAUACAUAUUUAAAUACGUCAUCACUUAAUUAUGCUGCAACAACA